AUGCGCAUGCUUGCCGUUUGCCUGGUGACCGCGAUCUUGGAGAAGCCCAGGAUGGAGCAUGCCUUGCAGGUCUUGCCCAUCUCCAUGUUGAAUGGCCUCUCGCUGCUCACCAACAGCUCAGCCAGCUUCUAUGGAUCCAUUGCUUUCAUGUGGAUGAUUGCAGUUAAUGUGCCAAUUGUGACCUUGGGCCUUGAGCAGAUCAAAGGGAAGCUACUCACAGUUUGCUUAGAAGGUGUUCACUCUCUUGGAGUUCUUUCACGAACAUUGGAAUCGGAACACGUUCCUUCUGGAACCCAAAUAUCACGACUUCUCCUGUCGACUUCCAGUGGAAAGCCCCAUACUUCCCCUCAAAGAUCACUGUCAUUUUCACACCUGUUCUCCUGUGUCGAGCUCUUCUUCCCCAAGCGUGCAUGCAUUGACAUGUGCAUGCGCCUUCAGAGGCGUUCCAACUUUGCUUUGUUCCUCUUCGUGGGAUUGGUUUGCGUCGGGAGUAUGUGCAGCAUCGAGGGUCUAGUGCAUGGUUCCCUGUCAGCCUUCAUCUUGGCCGCGCUCAGUGCCUUGCUAUGA